UGGGGCAUCUUUUUUUUUUUUUUUUUUGUGGGGGAGAUUUGAAUUGUUUUGAUUAGUUGGAUUGUUCCCAUUUGUGAUUAACAAAAUGGGUUCCUGCUGAUUUCACUGUUCAAUGUAGUUCAAAAUCAUUCAUUUUCCUUAAUGGGUGUUGCUGGAGCUAACAUUCUCUCUAUCUUCUAGAUACGAGCUUGCUAGUGAUUUUCGUUUUUUCCCCUUUAUCUUCAGCUAUUUGUAACUGUAAUCUUUUUCAUUUUUUAAAGUUUUUUGGGGGUUGGAAGGUUAUGGGGUGAAUUUGAAGCAAAGCUGAUAAACUGAGAAGACAAGUCAUCUUCUUGUUUAAUGUUUGAUAGAGGAUACAGUCUUUCUGGUUAUUAAGACGCUUGCUUCCUGCACCCACCAUACGCAAUAGAAAUUUGUUUCUGGAUAAAUAUUCUUUGAUGAGAUAAAGCUGGAUCCCAGAUUUUGUGAUGGAAAAGAGGAAAUGGCCUUGGAAGAGGAAGUCUUCGGAGAGGAGCCCUGGUGAAACAGAGAGUUCAGGAUCAAUUUCUUCCCACUCUGAGAGAUUCUCUGAUGACCAACAGGACGCCUUGAAGGCAUCCCCAAAUAUUGAUGCUCAACUUCAAUCUCCUGAAGUCACAUCAAAAACUUCUGUUGAGGAUGAAGAAGUCAAUGAUAGUGUUAAGAUUUUAACAGAGAGAUUAUCAGCUGCUCUUGUGAACGUUAGUGCCAAAGAUGACUUGGUAAAGCAGCAUUCUAAAGUUGCUGAAGAAGCCGUUGCAGGAUGGGAAAAGGCUGAAAGUGAAGUAGCUGCUCUUAAGAAACAACUUGAAGCUGCCCUUCAGCAGAACUCUGCACAGGAAGAUCGGGUGAACCAUCUUGAUGGGGCCCUCAAGGAAUGUGUUAGGCAGCUAAGACAAGCAAGAGAGGAGCAGGAAGAAAAGGUCUAUGCAGCUGUGGCAAAGAAAACACGUGAAUGGGAAUCCACUAAAAUUGAACUUGAGGACCAGCUUGUUGAGCUGAAGGCAAAGGCAGAAGCUGCUAAGUCAGAAUCUCCGCCUAAAAUUGAUCCAGAAAUAUACUAUAAGCUUGAGUAUUUGGAGAAAGAUAAUGCAUCCUUGAAGCUUGAGCUCCUAUCUCUAUCUGAGGAGUUAGAAGUCAGAAUAAUUGAAAGGGACUUGAGUACCCAAGCAGCUGAAGCAGCAAGUAAGCAACACUUGGAGAGCAUAAAGAAAGUAGCAAAGCUUGAGGCUGAAUGUCGUAGGCUAAAAGCCCUGGCUUGCAAAUCAACAUCACAUAAUGAUCGUAAAAUUUCUACUGCUUCUUCAAUUUAUGUUGAAUCUCUCACUACUAAUAGUCAAUCAGACAGUGGGGAGAGGCUUAAUGCAGUGGAGCUGGAUACUCGCAAAAUGAGUUGCUCAGAGCUAUACAAAGCUGAGACAAGUUGUUCAGACUCAUGGGCAUCUGCUUUGAUUGCUGAACUUGAUCAAUUCAAGAAUGAGAAACCUGUUAAUCGAGGUCUUCCAUCCUCGGCAAAUGAAAUCGAUCUCAUGGAUGAUUUUCUUGAAAUGGAACGACUUGCAGCUUUGCCUCAGACUAAAAAUGGAGCUAAUCAGUCUGAACUAGAAGCUGUUGGGAAACAAUCUACGGAUGCAGAAAGCUCAUUAAGAGUUGAACUUGAAACAAUGAUUCAUCGAACAGCUGAAUUGGAAGAGAAGCUACAGAAAGUGGAAGUAGAAAAAGUUGAAUUGGAAGAGAAACUGCAGAAGAUGGAAGUAGAAAAGGUUGAAUUGGAAGAAAAGCUAGAGAAAAUACAAGUGGAGAGAACUGAAUUGGAGAUGGUUCUCACCUUAAGUCAGGAAAAGAAUGAAGAAUUUCAAACUCAGCUGAAGGAGGCUGAGCUAAAGUCAGCAGAACUGCAACAGAAGUUAUCAAUGGCAAAUGAAUCAAAGCAGCACAUUGAAUCUCAACUUGUAAGCAUGGAAGCAGAGGCUCGGACAAUGGCUUCAAAGGUUAAUUCAUUAGAAGAAGAGGUUGAGAAAGAGAGGGUUCUGUCAGCAGAAAUUGCAGUCAAAUAUCAAGCAUUGGAAGAAGAGCUAUCUCAAAAGAAUAAGGAAGUUGAACUCCAGAAAUCUGCAAGCUCAAAUAAUGAACUGAAGAUAAAGCAGGAAGAUUUAGCUGCAGCUGCUGGAAAACUCGCUGAAUGCCAGAAAACAAUAGCAUCUCUAGGGAAGCAACUGAAAUCUUUAGCAACCCUAGAGGACUUCUUAAUCGACACUGCAAUCCUUCCAGACGGCAGUGCAGGAGGAUCCCUGAUGCCUACAGCCAGUGAAGAACCUUGGAAGUUACAUUCUGGUGACACAUUCUCACCUAAAAAGGAUCCCAUCUCUUCAAGAACAGCCAGUGAGAAUUCUGACCCUUCUGCAAAUAAAUUUGAAGGGCACUCCCCCCCAUCUUCAUCGAUGUCAACUUCGUCAGCCUCAGCCAUGUCAAAUCACAGCAGUUCUGAGAAGAACCGAAACGGGUUUGCAAAAUUUUUUUCUAGAAGCAAGAAUGGAAUACAACUAGAGAUUUAGCAAAGGAUCAAAUGAUGAAAGAAGGGAAACAACUAUAUGUUGAUGAUUGCUUGAAUGCAAAAACCAGAAAUUUAUAGGAUGUUGAUUAAAUGCUAUUUAAUCAGCAGCACUUGUAUUGCUUGAUUUUAUUAUGUAUACAUGACUGAUUACAUUCAAUUGAAGUAAAUUUCAAAUGCUUUUGAAUGUGUA